AUUUAAAUUGAUGUCUCUCUCUUUUUCAUUCCCAAAGACCUUUUCUUUCUAGGGAUGGUGAAGUUGGCCAAAGACUCCUUUAACCCUCCUCCAGGAUGAACCCCCUGACAGAAGACAUGGAGAACGCUCUCACUGGGAGCCAGAGCUCUCACGCUUCUUUGCGAGACAUCCAUUCCAUCAACCCUACCCAACUCAUGGCCAGGAUUGAAUCCUAUGAAGGAAGGGAAAAGAAAGGCAUAUCUGAUGUCAGAAGGACUUUCUGUUUGUUUGUCACCUUUGACCUCUUAUUUGUAACAUUACUGUGGAUAAUAGAAUUAAAUGUGAAUGGAGGCAUUGAGAACGCAUUAGAGAAGGAAGUGGUGCAGUAUGACUACUACUCUUCUUAUUUUGAUAUAUUUCUUUUGGCAGUGUUUCGAUUUAAAGUGUUAAUACUUGCAUAUGCUGUAUGCAGACUGCGCCACUGGUGGGCAAUAGCGUUGACAACAGCAGUGACCAGUGCCUUUUUACUAGCAAAAGUGAUCCUCUCAAAGCUUUUCUCUCAAGGGGCUUUUGGCUAUGUGCUGCCCAUCAUUUCAUUCAUACUUGCCUGGAUUGAGACAUGGUUCCUGGAUUUCAAAGUGUUACCUCAAGAAGCUGAAGAAGAAAACAGACUCCUGAUAGUUCAGGAUGCUUCAGAGCGUGCUGUACUUAUACCUGGUGGUCUUUCUGAUGGUCAGUUUUAUUCUCCUCCUGAAUCUGAAGCAGGAUCUGAAGAAGAUGCUGAAGAAAAGCAGGACAGUGAAAAACCACUUUUAGAAAUAUGAGUAGUACUUUUGUUGAAUGUGAAAAACUCUCACAGAUGAGAAAAGAAACUGGCGAUGAGGUCUUCCAACUGAAAAUUGAAAUGGUGACAUCCAUUGCUGAGUUUGAAUAGCUGAAAAGAAUUUAUUUAUUGUAAUACCUCACAGACAUUGUACCAUAUCCACAUCUACUGAGUAGUCUGCUGUGGCUGGUAAGAUAAUGUAUUGAUCUAUCCUGUAUUCACUGAGACUGAGUCUAAUCUGUUAAUGAAUAGUUGCAGAAAAGUCUUGUGCUGUAUUCCUAAUCAAAACACUUCUUAAUAUAUUGGAAUAACACUUUUUUUAGUAGGCAAAUUGUCUUUAUUCUGGUUUGCAAAACAAUUUUUUUUGUUUCAUGUCUCAAAUUUCUUUUGUAUUUUUUAACACCCUGUGUUUCCCUUGUGUUUUUUUUUAACUCAUGCACAUGCACUCUUUGUACAAUUUUAAAAAGUAAUAAAAUACAACAUUAAAGUGGUUAGUCUUAUUUUUCUUGUUUUGCAUUAUGUACUUGGCAUCAAGUUUUGAUUAUAAAAGGGGGACAAGGAGGCAUUGUAAUUAUGUAAAAGUCACCAUUUUGUCUUAUUUUUAUCAUGAAAUAGUAUCUUUCUCUUAGAAGUAUGACUAUAAAAUAGUCUCAGUAGUCAUAUUUUGAACCCACACUAAGAAAUUGUUGCCAUAAUUUUCCUUUGUUUGUCUAAUUUUAAUUAAAGUGAACUAAAUUAUAUU